CUCAAUGGUUUACAGUCAACUUCAGACGUAUCAGUUACAUAAACAUCAAUAAUGUCAGAUGUGACAGAACUUGUGCUUGAUUCGGAAAGUUGGAAAUUAGAAGCGGAAGCAGUUAUUGGCGAUAUUAAAGAUCACGUGAAUGAAAUAAAAAUAUGUGAUAAAUUAGCUAGUACGAAUCAGACAAUUUUCUUUAACAUCGAAACGUUAGAAGGAAACAAAGUUUGUGUAGAACUCUCAAGCUUUGGUUUUCGUGUUGUGGGAAGUAACUACGAUGCAACUGAUUUAUCUGAUAAUCAGACUGAAUGUUUUGAAACACCGUAUAGUUUGCUAAGUUCAAUAAGUGCCGGUUUUGCCAAUUCAUUCGGUAACUCGUUGGCCGAAAAACUCAACACACUCAAUAACAUAUAAAUUUUUCGGUUUGAAUGUCUUUAUUAAUGAAGGCAAUUGUUAAUUAAUCUUGAACUACGCAUUCGCGAAUGCAGUAUGCAGGUGAUCUUGUAUAGUGAAUUUAUUUAAGUGCACUAAAAUUGUAGAAUUUUAAAAUAUUUUGUUUAUUGCUCCUGUAUUUAAAAUUGGUGCUAACUUCAGUUUUAUUAAUUUGAAAGUAUGAAUUUGUUUAAUUGACAAUUCACUUCUUAAAGCAACAUCUUCAAAAAUGAUUAUUAAGGGUUAAACUUUUACUUGACUUUGUGUAUAAAAUGCUAGUGUAACUUUAAUCUCAAGUGCCAAUUAUGGGACAUUUUCACUUCUGAAAAUUCGUAUUACCAAGU